AUGGAUCCGAAGGUGCGGGACCUGUACAAGCGCUUCUUGCUAGUGGGGCGCGACUACCCGCUGGGUCUGAGCCACGUGCGUGAGAAGGUCAAAGCUGCAUUCUACCAGAAACGUGACCUGACGGACCCUGUUGCUAUAAAGAAGGCUAUUAAACGCGGUCGCUGGGUGGUGCGCGAGAUGGUGGGGGUCAUCCAGCUCAAGAAGUAUCGCACGCUCAACAGCCGCUAUACGUCUGAGGACCUGCGCGAGAAACUUCGCGAUAUUGAGAACCGCCGGAUCUUGGCAGAUAUCGAGCAACAAUACGAAAAUGGCGACGGGGGUGACGCUCGGUGA